AUGAUAGAAUGUGAUUGUUGUCGUGAAUGGUUUCACGGGAGUUGCGUUGAUGUAAAAAUUUACCACUCCGAUGAUAUAGACAAGUACCACUGCCCAAAAUGUGCCCAAACUUAUGGACCUUCUGUGUUGAAAAUCCCCACAAACAAUCACAGAGCGGAUCGUUACGAGUUGAGUGCAGAGACCCGACCAUCACAGGUUGGUUCACCGGCAUGGGUGAGAGCAUUAGCAGCACGACCAUUGCGUCCAGCGUCUGCUGCACUACAGAGAAUGAGGGGACACCAGUUUACAGAGGAGUUCAUAAAAGACAAUGGGUUUACACGUCCAGUGGUUUUCCAUACACCUGAGGGUCUGGACAUCAAAGUGCCUAAUCCGGCCACAUUCACUGUUAGGUCAGUGCUAAGGUUCUGCGGCGCACAGUUAGAGGUUGAAGUGAUUGAUGUUCGCAAACAAACAACUAUGCGUAUGCCCUUGGGUGAUUUUGUGGAUUACUUUGAGACACCACCUGAACACCGGGAUGAGAAAGUUCUUAAUGUGCUGAGUUUGGAGUUUUCAGAGACCAACCUGGCGCCGCUGGUGGAGCCGCCGGCGGUGGCGCGCGCGCUGGAUUGGGCGCGGCGCGUGUGGCCCUGCGCCGAGGAGCGGCCGCCGCGGCCCUGCGUGCAGCGCUACUGCCUCAUGUCCGCGGCGGGCUCCUACACCGAUUUCCACAUCGACUUCGGCGGCACCAGCGUCUGGUACCACGUGCUCCACGGCCGCAAGAUAUUCUACCUCAUACCUCCGACAUCAACCAAUCUUGCUCUGUAUCAGCAAUGGACCCCAGCAAAUCAUCAAAAUGAGCGUUUUUUUGGUGAUGCGGUGGAGUGGUACGGCACGGCUGAGGUUUGUGCCGGUGAGACCCUAUUCAUCCCAGCGGGCUGGAUCCAUGCGGUACUGACGCCCUGUGACUCUCUAGUCUUCGGCGGCAACUUCUUGCACUCCUACGCGGUCGAGAUGCAGUUGCAGAUCUACGAAAUCGAGAGUCGUGUAGAACCACCGCUUUGUUCCAGAUCAUAUGAAAUCGAGGGCAGAGCGGACACUCCGACUAUGCUCAGAUAUCCGCUGUUUGAAACCAUGCAUUGGUACGCUGGGGCACACUUUCUCUCAAUGCUCAGGAGACACAAUGAGGAGUCCCUGGACGAGGAGUUCACCCCCAACGAGCUGGGUGCGGUGGGGUCGGUGGGUGGUGGUGGGGCGGCGCCACCAGCGCUGCUGCUGCGCGGGGCCCGCAUCCUGGCUGCGGCGCUCAAGGAGUGGCACGCCCUCAAAGCGACGGAUGCCGCGAAACGGGACAACGUGCCAAAGUGCCUCAACUCCGGUCAGCUGGUGCGGGAACUGUCCAAAGAGCUGCGGACCCUGGAGAAGAGGACUAUGAGCGCUAGCAAGGACAAGGACUUCAAGCCGAAAAACCACUCUCCCAACAAGAGCAGCAAGAAGCAGUCGGCCGCUAAGAAGUCUCUAAAGCUGACCCUGCCCAAGCCCAUAAUGCACAUGGGCGACGAGUGCGCGGACGAAAAGGGCCCAACGCACGACAGGCCCGUCGCCGACAAACUCGUCGCCGACAAACUCAUCGCAUACGCUUACGAAGAGCUGCCCUACCACGAGGCGGAUGCUUAUGUGGAGAGGCUGGACAAGAAGACCCUGCGGCUCAAAAUGAGCAACUCACCAUGUUCGUCUCGAGAAGAGGCGCCACCUCCGUACUCCUUACCGGAGCACUCUAUCCUCAAAUCGCACCUGAUCCGGGCUGACCGGACCACUCUGAAGCCCCUGCACCAGUGGACAAUAUCAAAGAAGGACAUCGGCGACUACCACGAGGAGCAGAUACUCUUCACCAACGAGAACAUCCAGACAAACAUGAGAAUCGAGGGUCAGGAUCUGAACUACGGGCCUGGCAUGUACUCUGCGGAGGACAUCCAGCAGGACUACCAGUACUCUGAGGGGGCGAAGCCCGGCUCUUACCAGCCCGAGUUCGCGUACCAGCCGGAGCUCCCGUACUCGGAGUACCACCGAUACGACGACGCGGUCACCAUACCGGUUCAUCAGGCCGCGACGUACAGCACGGCUACUGAGCACACAGGCGGUUACGUCAGCGCCGUGGUGGAGGCUCCCAGCCACCACCACCACGAGCCGCACCACUCCCACCACGAUAACCCGCUGCCCUCAUACGACGCGGCAAUCGCGCAUCAGUACGCGGCCACCACCACCUAUGUGGCGGAGGCGCCGAAGCCGAGCGGCAGCCCCGCCCCCUUGGCGGCGGCGGGCGCCGGCGGGGGGGCGGUGCGCCGCUCCGAGCGGGCCGUGCGCCGCCGCGUCUCCAGCACCUACGACUACGAGGACGGGGACCUGUUCAUCGACGACGCGCCGGCGCCGCGCCGCCGCCGCCCGCCGCCCCGCCCCCGCGCCCCAGCCGCCGCCCCCCCCCGCCCCAGCCGGCCGCACCGCCCCUCGCGGCGCAGCACGCCCCGCCCCUCGCGCACGAUUAAACCUUUUCCAGCAGUUACCAACAACACCACAACAAACAGCUACAGGCAGACGAGGCCGGCACCAACUAAUGGAAUUGAAUCUCUUAUACAAGCCUCUGUCUUGGCCGAGGAAGAACAACCCGUCGAUUCAACUGAGGAUGCUGCAGUUGCUGGAAUGCUGAGCAUAAGUGAGAGGUACACCGCCCCAUCCAGAACAUUUGGUUUGGCCGCUGACACUCCUCACAGACCAGCAACCAGCAGGCAUGAGAGCAGCACAGGUCAUGCGAGCAAACGGGUCCGGAAGUCAACUGUGGCAGUGAGCAGUGCUGACGAGGACUUUGCCGAUGAAGAGGACAUCAUCAAGGAGGUGCACAGGGAUGAGGAAUAUGUGUACCCGUCGCUGGAGAUGAGCUCGGACGAGGACGAGGAGUGGACGGCGUCGCGGCGGAGGCGCCACUCGCGGGCCAGGAACGACUCCAAGACCAGGAGUGACAAGGACGAGGCGUGGUCGCCGCGGGCGCGCGUGGGCCGCGUGGCGCCGCGGCUGCGCGGGCCCCCGCGGCCCGCCGUGCGCCGCGAGUGCGUGCGCGCCGCGCUGCUGGCCGCCGCCCACGCCCACGCCCACCCCCCCCCCCCCCCCCCCGCCGCCCCGCCCACGCCCACGCCCACGCCAGCGCCCACGCGCACGCGCCCUCGCACCCCGCCGCCCAGGUACGACCAGCGUUUCGAC